AUGGAUACUCCUCCUGAGAAGAAGAUCAUCGAAGAAAACCUUGGCCCGGAAGCCGCCCGUUCAUACUCGAUCCAUGAAGCUCCACUCGAUGCGACCCCAAAGUCACGAUGGGAACGAACAUGGCCUGUCAUUGCCUGCGGUGCAGGAUUGUUCUCUGAUGGCUAUCUCAAUGGCGUCAUUGGGUCUGUCAACACCAUGCUCAAGACCAUCUACAAAGACGAAUACGUCAAAUCAAAUGCACAAAACAACGUCUCCUCGAUCGCCUUCGCGGGCACAGUCGUCGGCCAGCUCGUCUUUGGUUACCUGUCCGACCAUUGGUCUCGUCGACACUCGCUCCUGAUCUCUACCAUCAUCCUGAUCGUCUUUGCCGCCCUGGGCGCAGGCUCCUACGGUGCCGGCGGCAGUAUUCAAGGCCUGUUCGCCGCACUGGCUGCCUACCGCUUUCUUCUUGGUAUUGGUAUUGGAGGAGAGUACCCAGCCGGCUCGGUCGCGUGCGCAGAGAGCACCGGGGAACUCAAGAACGGCCACCGGAAUCGAUGGUUCAUCUGCUUCACCAACCUGGCCAUUGACGUCGGUUUCGUCGUCGCCGCCUUCGUGCCCAUGAUUUUGGCCUUGAUCUUUACCGACCACCACCUCCGCGCUGCCUGGCGCAUAGCGCUGGGCUUGGGCGUCAUUCCUCCCUUGUCACUGCUAUACCUCCGGAUCAAGCUGCAAGAACCCGAAGAAUACCACCGCAACAAGAUGAACCACUACCCAUACUGGCUGAUCCUCAAGUUCUACUGGUGGCGUCUGAUCGUCGUCUCCCUGAUCUGGUUCAUCUAUGACUUCUCUGCCUACUCCUUCAGCAUCUACUCUUCCUCGUGGCUAGCCUUCCUGCUCCCCGCCGACGCACCCCUCUGGAAAUCCUUCGGCUGGAACACGGUCAUCAAUCUGUUCUACGUCCCCGGUGCUGUCAUCGGCGCUUUCCUUUCUGACUGGAUCGGCCCCAAGAACUGCCUCAUCGUCGGCGUCCUCCUGCAAGGCAUCGUCGGCUUCAUCAUGACCGCCAUCUACAAGCAUCUCGACCAGGCCUCGCAGGUCGGCGGCUUCGUCGUCAUGUACGGCAUCUUCCUGGCCCUUGGCGAAAUCGGGCCCGGCGACAACAUCGGCCUGGUCGCCUCAAAGACCUCGGCCACCUCGGUGCGCGGCAUGUACUACGGCAUCGCCGCUGCCUGCGGCAAGGUCGGCGCCUUCGUCGGCAACUACAUUUUCCCCGACAUCAUCAAGGCCGCCGGUGACAACGUCAUCAAGCAGGGCCAAUACCCUUUCUACGUCUCCAGCGCCCUGUGCAUCUUCUCGGGGCUGGUUGCCCUGUUUUUCCUCCCGCAAAUCGGUCAGGACACCAUCACCGAGGAAGACGAGCGCUUCAAGGCCUACCUGGUCCGCCACGGAUACGACACCUCCACCCUCGGCACCAAAAAGUACCACGAGGAGAAGGUUCUGGCUAUCGAGAGGGCCCGGGGGAUGUGA